CACUCCACCUCGCUCGCUCGCACUGCACCGCACACCUUCAGCUCGCCUGCCUUCGUAGAUCAAAGCACCGCGCCCCACCCCGCUCCGUCGCUCGCCAUGGUCGUCCUCUCCACGUCCGACAAUGAGCAGUUCACCGUCGAGAAGGACGUCGCUGAGCGCUCCACGCUCAUCAAGAACAUGAUGGAGGACCUGUCCGAGGGCGAGGACAUGCCCAUCCCGCUGGUGAAUGUCUCGGCCAAUGUGCUGAAGAAGGUUCUGGAGUACUGCUCGCACCACCGCGCCGAUGCGCCGCCGCCGGCCGACGACGCUGAGGAGUCGCGCAAGCGCACGACGGACAUCUCCGAGUGGGAUGCCAAGUUCAUCCAGGUGGACCAGGAGAUGCUGUUCGAGAUCAUCCUCGCGGCCAACUACCUCGACAUCAAGCCGCUGCUGGACGUCGGCUGCAAGACGGUGGCCAACAUGAUCAAGGGCAAGACGCCCGAGGAGAUCCGCAAGCUCUUCAACAUCCAGAACGACUUUACGCCCGAGGAGGAGGCGCAGAUCCGCAAGGAGAACGAAUGGGCCGAGGAGCGCUGAGCGCCUUCUCUCUCUCGCCGUACGCAAGCAGGUGCCAGCGCACCCACUCUGCUGUGCAAAAUCCCUGUCACGCCCGUCCCGUCUGCCCCAGUCCCGGCCAUGUCCCUUUCGACCGCAUCAUCGAUCAUUCCACGCACCGCCCGCCCGCCGCGCCAGGCAUGGCCCGGCUGCCUUGUAUCACCAUCCUUGCCGCUGCGGCUCACGCCCAGCCACUGCUCGCGCGCAGCGGCC